AUGUCUCUCGAGUCAAAGACCGCCGACAUGGCAAUCAAGCCGCACGCAGCCUCCGAUAAGCCACAUAGUAUCGCUGAGGGCGGCUUGGAUGACAUGGCCAACGUGGACGAUGCCGUCCUGAAGGCCAACGGCCAUGAGGCUGCCAUGCCUCGUCAGUUCAACUGGAUCUCUGCCCUCGGGCUUGGGUUCUCCAUUACCAACUCAUGGGUUGGAUAUCUGAGUAAUUUCGGCCAGAAUCUGAUCUACGGCGGACCUCAAUCAGUUAUCUUUGGGCUUUUGGUCGCCUUUAUUGUGCAAUGGAUCAUCACCACGGGCCUGAGUGAGCUAGGUUCUGCAUUUCCAUCCAGUGGAGGUCAAUAUCACUUUUGCUAUAUCCUGGCCCCUCCCAAAACCAAGCGCUUCGCGGCGUAUGUGAUCGGGUGGAUGUCCAUCCUGGCCUGGUGGAUUGUAACAUGCUCUGGUCUCUCCCUUGCCGCGGUCUCUCUCGCCGGACUCGUCAACUUCUGGCACCCUGCCUUCGUGGCUAAUCAGUGGCAAAUCUACCUGAUGUACCUGGCCGUGAGCUUCAUUACGGUGAUUCCACUAUUUGCAGCUCCGCGGAAAAUCUCCUGGACGGUCCAAUUCACCCUCUACCUCUCCCUCACCGGCUUCUUGGUCUUCUUCAUCGUCGUACUGGCCAUGCACAAGCAAGCCCAACCCGGGUCAUAUAUCACACAAUCUGGUCUGGGGACCAGUGGAUGGGGCUCAGGAACCGCUUGGAUGCUAGGAGUCACCAAUGCCAUGUACGCAUUUGGAGCGACUGACGGUGCCAUACAUAUUAGUGAGGAGAUCACCCAUCCGGGACGACGAGUGCCACAGGUCAUGGGUAUGACCAUGGCCAUCGGGUUCAUGACCGCCUUCCCGCUUCUCUUGGCCUUGUGCUUUUUCAUCAAGGACCUCGACGCCGUGGUCAGCUCUCCGCUCCCAAGUAUGGAGAUUGUUUAUCAGGCAAUUGGCAACAAGAAUGUGACGACCUUCCUCAUUGUUUGGCUUUGGCUUGUCUACAUCAGUGCCCUCCCCUCUCAAUGGGUGACGGCCGGUCGAUUAGCAUGGGCCUUUGCUCGCGAUAACGGGGUCCCUUUUUCGGGCUACUUCUCCAAAAUCGACUCGAGACUCGACUUCCCCGUCCGUACGACUUGUGCCGCCUUCCUCUUCUCCGCCAUCUACGGCCUCCUCUACCUGGCAUCCACGACAGCCUUCAACUCGAUCGUCACCUCGGCCGUUCUUUACCUCAACAUCACCUACGCCGUACCACAGGGCAUUCUCCUGUUCCAAGGCCGGUCCAAAUCACUGCCGGCCCGUUAUCUUAACCUGGGCUAUUUCGGGUAUUUAUGCAACAUAUUUGCGGUGCUUUGGAUCGUUGUCUUGGGCACCUUGAUCUGCUUUCCGCCCACCCUGCCCGUCACGGUCGGGGCCAUGAACUAUACGAGCGUCAUUCUCGUCGGACUGUUUGCCAUAAUUAUAGCAUUGUGGUUUGUUAACGGUCGCAAAAACUUCCACGGCCCAACCAUCGACUGGGAAUUACUGAAUCAAGCCAACCUCGUGUCUGAAAAGGCUGAAUCCAAAGCCAAAGCCUAA